AUGGGCGGAUCGAAGAUGGAGGGAUCUUCAGCGCCUGCAUUGCGCCGGGAUCCAUACGAGGUGUUGAGUGUGUCAAGGGAUUCUUCUGAUCAAGAAAUCAAGACUGCUUAUAGAAAGCUUGCUCUCAAGUACCAUCCGGACAAGAAUGCUAAUAAUCCCGAAGCUUCAGAUCUUUUCAAGGAGGUUGCAUAUUCUUAUAGCAUUUUAUCAGAUCCAGAGAAAAAGAGGCAAUAUGAUAAUGCAGGAUUUGAGGCCCUUGACGCUGAAGGAAUGGAUGUGGAAAUUGAUCUAUCUAACCUCGGAACUGUUAACACAAUGUUUGCUGCUUUAUUCAGCAAGCUGGGUGUUCCUAUCAAGACCACAAUUUCUGCUAAUGUUCUCGAAGAUGCUUUAAAUGGCACUGUUACAGUCAGACCUCUUCCUAUUGGAACUUCAGUUAGUGGAAAGGUAGAAAAGCAAUGUGCUCACUUUUUUGGUGUAACUAUUAAUGAAGAACAAGCUGAAGAAGGGAUUGUAGUUAGAGUUACUUCAGCAGCACAGAGCAAAUUUAAGCUCCUGUACUUUGAGCAUGAUGCAAAUGGUGGGUAUGGCCUGGCCUUGCAGGAAGAUAGUGAGAAGACAGGCAAGGUUACGUCAGCUGGAAUGUAUUUCUUACAUUUUCUAGUGUACAGGAUGGAUUCAACUGUAAAUGCAUUGGCAAUGGCUAAGGAUCCAGAAGCUGCUUUCUUCAAAAGAUUGGAAGGCCUUCAACCUUGUGAGGUCUCAGAACUAAAAGCUGGCACUCACAUAUUCGCUGUUUAUGGAGAUAACUUCUUCAAACCAGCAAGCUACACAAUUGAGGCACUCUGUGCAAAAUCUUAUGAGGAUACAACUCAGAAGCUUAAGGAUGUAGAGGCUGAGAUUUUGAGGAAGAGAAAUGAGCUACGCCAAUUCGAAACAGAAUAUAGAAAGGCUUUGGCGCGCUUCCAAGAAGUCACCAAUAGAUACAACCAGGAAAAGCAGUCUGUCGAUGAGCUGCUAAAACAGCGAGAUACUGUCCACUCUUCUUUUACGGUUUCAAGGUCAGUUGCUACUACAGGUGGAAGUGGACAUUUUAGUAAUGGAAGUAGUGAUUUCAAAUCCGAGAGUCCUGGAGAAGAGGGCAGUUCAGAUGUGAAGGACAAAUCUUCAAAGAAGAAAUGGUUCAAUCUCAACCUCAAAGGAUCUGAGAAAAAGUGA